AUGGUCUACGAGCGGGGGACGAAUCAGAGUAGUCCACACAAGGCGACAGUCGGGCAGGUGGCACCCGCGCUACAGCCGAUCCAUACGCGCCGGAGCACUUUGUUCUUCCUGCCCCCCACUGUUUUCACGGGUAAGUGCUCGAGCGAUGACGGGGGGAAUGUAGCCUUGGACAUCGUGUCCGGCCAGGGAACGUAUGAUGGCUUUGCUUUCUUCGAGCUGGACCUGACGACAGGGUAUGUGCGGCUCGCCCCAUCGGAGGAGCUUGCAAGCGUGAUGCCGGUUGAUACGCACGCCCGAGCCACGCUGAGCAUCUCUUGCAAAAUCUUUGGGCUCUACCAGUACCUGCCCUUUGGUGUUGGCUCCUCUAUCGAAGCAGAACUCUUUCUCAACGCCCAAGACGACACCUGCUUCGUCCCUGUUGCGACCCCGCCCCAUUUCCACGAGGUUUCUGAGACCUCUUCCUCGGCUGCCGAGUGCCGCCAAGCCUGCCGCAGCGACAUCGCUUGCACGUACUACUCCCAUCAGAGCACGAGUUGUUUUCGCUACACGGGCCUUUGCGACUCAAGCUCGAGCCCGAGCUGCAGCCCGGCCGCUCGGCUGCUACUUUUCGCGA